UCACACAAUAGGAGCAUAUUUUGAUAACGUGGUUCCUCACGCGGAACGAGUGUCGUCACCACGCUGGUAUCCGAAAGUAAGCUGAAUUCUGUCAAGGACCAACUAAACCAUUUAGUAAUCAUGACGCUACAGGAGGAGGAGGAGGAUCUUGAAGAAUACGAUCCUGCAUUGGAAGGCGCGAGAGAACGUCGGCGAAAAUCCAAGCUGUUCCUUUUUGGAAUCAUAGCCCUCGUCGCUAUCGUCAUUAUUAUCGUCAUCGUGGUGGUGGCCGUGACGCUGUCACGCAAGGCGGACAAAUCAUCCGGUAGUGUGAAGGGUGACGAUGCAAAGCCGACGAACAUCACCAUCCUCCCCCUGCCCACGGGGCCGCCAGACUCAGGGGGGCCGUACAGACACGCGGUGGUGGCAGCAGAUGCGGGGCAAUGCUCAGAAAUUGGCCGCGACAUCAUGCACAAGAAAAACGGUUCAGCGGUAGAUGGUGCGGUCGCAGCGCUUUUCUGUAUUGGCAUUAUCAACAUGCACUCUGCAGGGAUAGGGGGUGGGGGCUUUAUCACCGUGUAUAACAGGAGCAGCAUGUCGGCAGAAGUGUUCGAUUUUCGCGAAGAGGCCCCAGGCGCAUCUAAUACCACAAUGUACAUUAACAGCUCUCUCAGCUCUACUGUGGGCGCAUCCGCUGUGGCCGUUCCCGGCGAGGUAAAAGGUUUUCAUGCCGCUUGGAUGAAGUAUGGCAGGUUACCAUGGAAACAGCUCGUACAACCUGCAAUCGACCUUGCCGCAAAUGGGUUUCCACUCGGGGCCCACCUGUACUACGCCAUGACAAGAAAGUCUGUCAAGAAGUUAAUAAUGGAUCCCAAGAUGGGCAUCAGCGAGAUUUUAGUCAACGAAAAAGGCGAACUGCGUCAACUUGGAGAACUUAUCAAGCUACCAAAACUGGCAAACACGCUCAAACGGAUUCGUGACGACCCAGAAUCAUUCUACAAAGGCGACCUGGCGCGUGACAUAGUGCGUGACAUACAGAGUAAUGGGGGAAUAAUCACGCUCGAUGACAUGGCUAACUACAAAGUCAAGGUCAAAAAGCCCUUGGAGAGUACCCUGGGGAAGUACCAUUGGUACUCAGUACCACCCCCAGGGAGUGGUGCGAUCCUCGGGCUGAUAUUAAACAUCUUGCAAGGUUAUAAUUUUACCGCCGCUGACCGACACGGUGACGCGAACUCCACCCUCACGUACCACCGUAUCGUAGAAGCGUUCAAGUUCGCUUAUGCGUACCGCGCAUUGUUAGGCGACGAGGAUUUUUACGACCUUAAAGAGACGCUGGCAAACAUCACCAACCCAGCAUUCGCCGAGAGCUUGCGACAGAAAAUUCUAGAUAAUCAGACAUUUACAAACUUCAGUCACUAUGGUAACUUCUUCUCCACCCCAGACGACGCAGGCACUUCGCAUCUUUCUCUUUUGGCGCCAAAUGGCGACGCUGUAUCUGCCACUACUACCAUCAACCUUUACUUUGGUAGUAAAUUCCGUUCUACGUCGACUGGAAUCAUAUUCAACAAUGAAAUGGAUGACUUCUCUACUCCGGGCAAACCGAAUGCGUAUGGCAUCCCGCCUUCCGCGGCGAACUUCAUAGUACCGCGCAAGAGGCCACUGUCUUCCACGGCUCCGUCAGUGUUUCGUGACGAUAGCGGCGAGGCACGGAUAGUCGCUGGUGCUUCAGGGGGGACUAAGAUCACCACUGCCAUAUCACUGGCGGUGAUGAACUACCUGUGGUUUAACCGGACUCUGUCCCAGUCCAUAGUGGACCCAAGGCUCCAUCACCAGCUCAUGCCGAUGUACAUCCGUGUAGACCGGGAGUGGCCUGUGCCCCAGGCCAUCCUCGACGGACUCGAAAGGCUUGGUCACACGGUCAAACUGGUCAGCGGUAGCGCUGUGGUACAAGCGGUGGCGAAGGGAGAGGAUGGUUUGCUGUACGGCAAAUCAGAUCCCAGGAAGUACAGCUGGGCUGCUGGUUUCUAGUUUUUCCAGUUUUUCACACUAACUAUUUAGGCAAACGUCUCAAAUUCUAUAAAUUAGUGUACAUACUACAUGUAUAUUGUCAAAGAUAUUUGGUGUACUUUUUACAUUUAACCCAAGCAAGAGCCACUUGUAUACUUUUUAUCUUCUUAGAGAGAUGGCGCUUAUAUGAAAACUUUAGCUCUAAAAGGAAGUUUAAUUAAUUAUUUUUUUUAACUUGAAUAGAAUACAUACGAGGACACAUUAAGUUGCGGUCUUACAUUUGGUUAAGUACAAUUAAAAAUCCCGAGACAGUUUAUGGAGGAGGGUGGGGGGGGGGGAGGAUACUCAGUUAAACAUGGCGUACUGAGAGUCGGACAGCAAGAAAUAUCAUACCCGAACAUUCCCAUGAUAUAAACUUCCUGGACAAAAAUGGGUUACACUGUUUUGUUAAACACGAGGAUCCGCUAUAAAAGGGAAAGCUCUUCCCAUCUCCGGGCUCAAAUUUACAAUUAUAAUCAGGACACUGCCAUAUAAGCGGGCACAAAUUAUAAGUCUCCUGUAAAAUUACUUAUCUCUGAAGUCUCUUAAGUCAGCUGGAAUAAAACUAUUUUUGCACAGGUAACAAGACAGUUGUGUUAAGAGAUUGAUAACUAUGUGAUUCGCCUUCCAAUUCUAAAUUUUGCGCUAUCCAUAAUCUAAUGCAUCUGCAUAAAUUAUUCUCGCGCUGUCAUGGGAAUGCUUGUAUUUUAGAGCGCACACAGCUUGGUAUAGCAUUAUUUUACGAUAGAUAGACACUUUUUUAGAUGGACAACUCUAGGAAUGAUAUUUAUUUUGUUUUACAAUAUGAAAUUUGAAUUUAGCGCUCAGAGCAAUUGUCCUGACAUGUUGACUACUCAUUGACGGCUGAUUGAUAACUGCUUGUUCUUGAGCCCGGGGGUGGGAGGAGCUAUCCCUCUUAUAGCGGAACCUUGUGUUUAAAUAGAUGGGUCAUCCUCUCAAAAACACAUAGCGAACUGCAGUGCUGAAUAACCUUUACGGGCCUACUAGGAAAAGACAAAUUUGACUAAAAUGAUUUUGUUAUACUGGUGGCUCACAAAGAAAGACCUCAACCUUUCUGCUCUUUUAUUUUUAAGAUAUGAACUCUCCUUAUGAUAUCCGUAGUUUAAGCUCUUUCCUAAUAACAUGCAUAGUAACCAUUUCUUUGGGAUUUUAGCGAAAAUGGACCAUCAAGCGAGCUUGAUUGUACGGAAAUUGUUCCUUAAUCGAUCUAAACCUCGAUGGAGGUUUUUAUUGGAUAAUUAUUGUUAAAAGCAAAUGUAAAACUCGGAUUAAAUACGGAUAGUAUGGCGCAUUAAUGAUGGGGUCCUGUACAAGAUGAUGUUUUGCCUCUGUCUAGCGACAAAAUAAACACAACAAGAUCAAGAUACUCAGGCAUUGGAUAAAUGAAAUUAUAGGCAUUUAUCCAAUGAAUUUGAUGGGAUUACUGUACAGCAAAAAUAAUAAGGCGGAUUCUUAAAUAAAUCUAUAAUGAAACAA